AUGGCAGGAGUGGCUCGUCGUCGAGAGGAGGAAGAAGAGGAGUUCGACGAAGGGGAAGUGUGGGACGUGCUGCUGCAGCAUCAGGAUCAGAGCAGCAAAGAAGCGGCGGCGCUCGCCGUCCGGAAGGUUAAGAACAGGUGGCAGCACGAGGAAGCCGGGGCUGCUGCUACUGCUGCUGCUGCUGCAAGGAGGAGCAAGGGGCGGUCGUCGGCGCCGGUGGCCAUCCCUGCGGCCGGCUCGUCCUCGUCAAGGCGCGGUGACGAAGACGAAGACGAGGAGGAGAUGAAGAUGCUGCCGCCGCACGAGUGGCUGGCGAGGAAGAUGGAGAGGAUGAGCGCGGCGUCGCCGCCGCCGGACAUCGGCAGGGGGAGGAGCAAGGGGAGGGAGAUGAGGAAGGUCAGGGACGCCGUCCUCCCCAAGACCGCCUUCUCGUCGGAGCAGCAGUAG